AUGGCUUCUCCUGAGAACCAUGUUACUGAAAAGAAUACAGUAAAAACUGAUGAUAAUGUGUAUUCGGACACCAAGAGCGAACAAAAUGGAGAGACAGAUUUGGUCGAGGUUGAAGCGCGCUACACAAAGGAAGAGUUUCACAAAUUGAAGAGAAAAGUUGACCGAUACCUGCUACCUUUAAUGUGGUUGUGUUAUGGCAUACAGCAGGUCGACAAGACUGCACUCGGUGUCCAAGCUAUAUUCGGUUUGCGUGAGGAUACCGGUCUGAAAGGCCAAGAGUAUUCGUGGCUUACAACCAUCUUCUACAUAACGUACAUGUGUUUCGAGUUCCCUAGCAACGUGGUCCUCCAGCGGUACAAAAUGGGAAGAAUGUUGUCAAUUUAUAUGAUCUGCUGGGGAAUCAUCGUGCUAUGUAUCGGCUUCGCAAAGAACUUCACACAUCUGAUUGUUCUUCGUGGGCUGCAAGGUGCCUUUGAGUGUUGCAUUUCACCUGGUUUCAUUCUUUUGGUUGGAACUUGGUACAAAACUCGCGAACAUGCUUCACGCUCGCUCGUAUUUCAGAGUGCAAACGCUGGAUUUGGCGUCAUUGCUAAGCUCAUCAUGUACGGCAUUGGUGUUGCGACGCAAAAUCGAGAAGGAGCACAGCCAUGGCGAUAUAUCUCAUACUUUCUUGGAGGACUUACUACAUUUGUUGGUUGCCUCUGUCUGUUGCUGCUCGGUACCCCUUCCGAGGUAUUAUGGCUGUCGAAAGAAGAAAAGGAGAUGGCAAGCGCACGUAUUAUGUCUAACAACACCGGCCAUGACCGCACUGCCAUCAAGGGUUGGAAGUGGAAGCAGGUCCGCGAGUGCCUCGUUGACCCAUGCUUCUGGUUCGCCGGAAUCAAUGCCUUCCUCAGUUCAGUACCUAACGGAGGCUUGACGACGUUUGGUAGUAUUGUUAUUACGUCUUUCGGUUUCACCAACCUCCAGGCCAUUUUGAUUGACAUUCCUCGUUCCGUGUUCUCCGUCAUCAUUUUUAUUGGCGUUGGCUUAACCUGCAGCAAGUAUUCUAAUCUGCGUCUCUGGUUCAUGGCUUUCUCUGUCCUUCCACCUUUUGCUGGCUUCAUGGGCAUGUCUCUCCUCGACAAUGACCCAGCGAUCAAGUGGACGAAGUGGGGCUGCUAUUUCAUGACCGUCCCCUUUGUUCUGGGUCUGUUCCUUGCAUGGACCUUGAUACCCAGUAAUACUGCUGGUCGCACGAAAAGGACCAUCACUAGCAGUUUUACCUUUGUUGGAUAUUGUGUUGGCAACAUGGUCGGCAGCCAGAUCUUUGAAGCCAAGGAUGCCCCGAAGUACACACCAGGCACCAUCGGUUGUGCAGUUUGCUUUGGCCUCGAGUUUGCGCUUAUUUUGACUUGGCGGUGGGUUUUGGUCAGACGAAACAAGAGAAGAGAUGCUCAGAUGGCAUCCGACGGUUUGACUGUUGAAGAUCGAGCGAAGAAAGGUAAAGAAUAUGGUGAAGCAGACUGCACUGACUUUGAGAAUCCUUAUUUCCGGUAUACCCUAUAG